AUUUUACUGACUGGCCGACGCCGUGAACUGUUUUUUCUCUUCCAGUACUCGCAAGAUGUCUCAUGAAAUUUCUGACGUGCUCACAAACGUUGCUCUCCCAAAAACUCAGGCGACUAUAACUCUUCGAGUAAUCAAAUCCUUCGAAUACCGGACGGAACGCAGUCUUGUCUUACACAUGUUGAACCUUGAGAUUACAACAGUUGGCGAACUCAAGGAUAUGGCUCGGCGAGCUAUUCAGACUGGUUCGGGAUGGAAGCCGUAUCGGAACGUACACCUAGAUACACUUAAGUUGUACACCAAAGCUCACGGUGCCAAGACGACCAAUCUAAUCAUCAAUAUGGACCACGACGACUGGAUUUUCGACGAUGACGCCUGUACCCUAGCUGAACUUGGUAUUGAAAACGAGACAGAGAUAAGCUUCUUUAAUCAUGCAGCCUACAAUGCAUUCAAGGAAAAUCCCGAAAUUCGAUGGGACAUUCCUCAGUAAUGCAGAGUGUCAACCAAG